UGGACAGAAAUAAGCAGUCUAAAGCAAUUCAAUAAUUCUCAAAACAAAUACAGAAUUAAUGUGCUUGUGGCUAUGCUUAUGAAAAAGAAGUUAUGUUCAUAAAAUAGAUUUAUAGUAGUCAUUGAUUGUUAUAUUUCAAAGAAACUUAGUCAUGGAUCUUGUUGGUUCCAUCAUUAACUCCAAAGAAUAUUCUGUUCCUGGAAUGAAAAAAGAAUUGUUUUCCGAUAAUUACAAUAAAAAAAAUAUGACAAGUCUACUAGUCUUAGUUAUACCAGUCAUUAUCAGAUAAAAAUGAAACAACAGGAUAUAAGCAAAAUCUGACUUUGUACAAGCAUUCCAGUUAUUAACUUUUCUGUAAAGUCACAUCAAUUUCAAAUUUGUUAAAGAAAUUGCCAAAAUACCAAAUAUUUUAAAAUAACUUUUAAGUUAACAGUUUUGUACCUCAAUUAUCAAAAUGGAUUCUAAAAAAGCCAAAGUCUAUGACACUUCGAUAACUUCUUUUACUGGUUCUCCUCAUAAAAAAACAAACAUUAAAAAGUCUACUAAAGAGUCUUCGACUCAAAAGCUUUUAAAAUGUAGUUUAAAAUGCAAGUUUUGCAACCUUCGUUUUCCCAGGCAUUUUAGGCAUUUACUGAUUUCUCAUGAGAAAAGUCAUACUCCAAAAAAAAAUUUAGUGAAAAGUAAAAUUCAAAAAAAUAGUUAUACUCAGGUUGAAAAGUUUGAAAAAAAUCAUACUCAGAAGAAAAAUGAUAUUCAAGAAGAAAGUUGUAUUAGGGAGAAUGGUCUUGCCAAAAAUCAAAGUCAGAAAAAUUAUCAUUUUCGGGAAAAAAGUGCUGAAAGAAAUUUUAUUUCUGAAAGGAAUUAUGCCUAUGAAAAAAGUCUCCACACAGAAAAUUCUACAGGAGCUCAUGUUAAGCAAGAACAGCAUCCUUUUAAUGAGGUAAAGAAGGAAGUAUUAGAAACCCCUUCAAAUGAAAUUAGUAAAAAUAAUUUUUCUCAUGAAAAAUGCUUCGAAAGAAAUCUUACUGGUAAGAAGAAUAACACGCAGGGAAAAAAUCAUAGUUGGGGAAAAUACCAUUUUCAGAAAAAAAAUUCAACAAAAACACAAGUUCAGCAAAAGCAAAAUGUUUUCUGUAAGAAAAGGAAAGCAUCAUUAGAUAUCUCUUCAGUAAAUAGUGUCAGUAAAACAAGAAAAUUUAGAAGACAAGCUUUCAUUAAGAAAGAGAAAGUAUUUUUAGAUGCUUCUGCGGGUCAUGAAGUUAGGAAAAAUAAAAAUUUAGAAACACACUCUUUUGAUUACAGUAGGCAUACAAAUAUGAAAUCUAAUGUAGCUAAUACAUUUGAGAAAAAUGAGGAAUUGCAUUCUUUCAAAAAGAGAAAAAGGGCAUUAUUAAAAACUCCUGAGGCAAAUCCUAUCGUAGAAACUAAAAAAUUAGGAUUGCAUCCUUUUAGUAUGAAGAGAAAGGCUUUGUUGCAAACCCCUUCAGAAAUUAUAGGUAGUAAGGCAUUAUUAGGAACUCCUAAGAAAGAUAAAGAUAUUAGAAAAAGGAGGAAGAAUCGAUCAAGGCGUAAGAAAUAUGUAGCAUUAUUAGAAACCCCUGCAGAAAAUAAAAGUAUGACUAGUUCUUCUGAUUAUCAAAGAUGUUCCUUGACCAGUCCUUUUGUAAAUAGCACUAGAAAAAAUUUGAAACUAAGCAGAGGCAAUGUUGAUAAACAGAGGAGGACAUUGUUAAAAAUUCCUGCUGAAAAUCAAACUGUUAAAAAUAAAGAAAUAAAAUUACAUCCUUUUGAUACAGAAAGAAGGCCAUUAUUACAAACACCUGGUCUUAUUGAAGACCCUAAUGGUAAGGUAUUGGGUGUUCACCCGUUUGACUAUCAAAAAACUGCUUUGUUAGAAACUCCUACCAUUAUCAAAAAUGAAAAAUUUAAUGCACGUUAUUUUAGUGGUCUGAAAAGUACUCUAUUAGAAACUCCUAUGGAAGAUCAAACUAUGGAUAAUAAUUACAUCGGAGUACACCCUUUUGAUUAUCAAAGAAAUGCAUUAUUAGAAACUCCUGCAACUGAUAAAGUAAUUGAAACUGAGAUGGUAGAAAUACAUUCAUUCAAUUAUCCAAGAGAUGUGUUGUUAGAAACUCCCUCCGAAUGUUAUGAGUAUGAAACUCAUCCUUUUAUUUAUCCAAGAAAUUUGUCCCCUAUCAUAAAUCAGAAUAUGGAAAGUAAGAAAUUUAAAGAAUAUUCCUUCGAUUAUCAACAAAGCACAUUUUCAAAAUUUCCUACAACUAAUGAACAAGGAGUAUAUCCUGUUGAUUACCAAGUGGAAUCAUUAAAAGCUCUGCCGAGCUCUCCACUUGGGGAAGAAUCCCAUUUUGAUAUGCAAAGGAAAACCUUAUUACAAAGUCCUAAUACAAGUUAUGUUAAAGAAGAUGAGAAUUUGGAAGCCUACCUUUUUGGAAAGCAAGGAAAAACACUAUUAAGGAAACCAGGUGAAAAUAGUGUUGUAGAUAAUGAGGAUGAUUUGGAAACUUACCCUUUUGAUAAACAAAGAAAGACAUUAUUAAAAAAUCCUGGUGCAGGCUAUGAAGAUUUUGAGAAGCCAAGAAAGACAUUAUUGAAAGACCCUGGUGCAAGGUAUCCUGUUGGUGAUGAGGAUUUAGAUGUGAAUUCUUUUGAUAAGCAAAGAAUGACAUUAUUAAGAAAACCUGGUACUAGUUAUGGUGUAGAUGAUGAAGAUUUGAGAACUAAUUCUUUUACUAAGGAAAGAAAAACAUUGUUGAAAAACCCUUUUGAUAAACAGAGAAAACCAUUAUUGAAAAACCAUAAUUCAAGUUAUGUUGCAGAUGUUGAGGUUUUCGAAGCUACAUCUUCUGAUAAGCAAAGGAAACCCUUAUUGAAAACCCCUAAUACAAGUUAUGUUGCAGAUGUUGAGAUUUUCGAAGCUACAUCUUCUGAUAAGCAAAAGAAGCCCUUAUUGAAAAACCCCAAUACAAGUUAUGCAACUAAUAAUGAGGAUCUGGAAGCAUAUCCUUCUGAUUAUCAAAGGGGUGCAAUGUUACAAAUUCCAGAAUUUUAUGUGAAUGGGGAAAAAGAAUUAGGAAUGCAUUCUUUUGGAAAACAAGGGAGAGCAUUGUUAACCACCCCAACUGUAAAUCAAGUAUUGAAAAAUAAAGUAUACCAUUCUUCUGAUUUUCAGAGACCUGCAUUAUUAGGAACUCCUACAACAAAUCCAGUUGUUAACAAUGAGACUUUAGGAGUAAAUUCCUUUGAAAAGGAAAGAAAAGUUUUGUUAAAAUCCCCAUGUGUAAACCAAGUCAGGGAUAAUACAGAUUUGAAAGCUCACCCAUAUCCAAGAAAUGCAUUGUUAGACUAUCCUUCUGAAGAUAACAGAGGUGGGGGCAGUGAACAUACUUAUGGUAUGCAAAGAAAGACAUUGUUACCAAGAAAGACAUUGCUAGAAAGAAAGACAUUGUUAGACAACCCUACAACAAAUUAUGUUUGGUAAAGUUUCUUUAGUUAAGAAAAGAAAAAAAAAGUUUUGUUUUGAGUUGCUUUAUUAAUUGCAGGGUGGCUACUCACUCUUGAAACAGGGAAAACCUAGAAUUCUGAGGGAAAUUUACUCUUAGAUCUAAUUUUUUGGAAUACCAGCAAUUAGCAAUAUUGUUUGUCAUAUUCAUUUCAGUAAAUAUGUCACACAAUAAAGUGUUUCGAUUUAUUAUUUGGCAUUUUAUGUAUGAAACUGUAUCUUUUAAAACUUAAUCCAGUCUCACUUUUAUUAUUUUUUUAAUUUUUUGUCAUUGGUGUUAUUUUAAUAAAUGAAUAAUUUAUUAAAAUAGCAAGGAAACUGAAAUUAUUAAAAUAAUUUCAGUUUCCUUAUAUCUUAAAACAUAAGGAAAAUAAAUGUUUUUCAAUUUGGACCUAUCAAGAGCCUGUAAUAAAAUUAAUAAUGAAAAUUUGUGAAAUCAUAAAAAAUGUUUUUGUUCCAUAAUCAUGAAAAUUUCAGGUUUGGAACAAUGAGCAAUUUUAACGUUAAGUAAUAAUUUUAAUUAAAAAAAGUUCUUCAGCAUUAAGGUAUAAAUUUGUAAUGAUAAUUAUGUAUUUAUAUAUGGGUUAUUUUUUAAAUGAUUGCUAAAAUUGUAUUAAUUUUAGUCUUGGCAAUUUCUCUGGUGGGUGGCCACCCUGAAAUGAUGCAGGGUAUCAGUAUUACAUAAAUUUACAGUUUAAUAAAAACUGGCAACACACAUUGUGUAGGUUAAACUGGGAGAACUUUAUAUAAAUCUAUGUAUAUUUUUUAACAAAUAUUUCAUCAAGAUAUUUCUACAACUGUUUGAGACAGUUACUUAGAAAAUCCAGAAAACCCUAAAAAAACGGUUUCUUCUUAAAAUCCACCUUAUUAAAAAACUUAACAGAAUAAGUUAAUGUAUUAUACUCACAUCUAGUCACAAUGUUUUCAAAUCUUGAAAAUUCAGUGUUUUUAAAAUAUAUAUAUGGGCCAUAUAUAUAUUUUAAAAACACUUUUUUCUAUAUAUGGGCCAUUGCAGUGAAUGUAUUAUGAUUAUCUUGUGUUCCAAAACUUGAUUAUUUGUUUAUUAUUUUAACGAAACAAUAUUUCAAAACAUCAGAAAAGCUUACAAAACCAUUCUCACUUGAAAAUCGCCUUAUUUAAAGAUUACAGAAUAAAUAAAUGUUUAAUACUCACUCA